AUGAGCUCCCCUUCCAGGCCACCGCUCAUGACUCCAGAGGUACUCAAUGAAACCGUCAUUUUAUAUGUUGGACCCAAGAGAAAGAAGUACAUUGUUCAUAAAAAGGUGUUGUGCGACCAGUCAGAAUUCUUCAAUGCCUGGUUCAACAAAGGUUUUGAAGAGGCAGCCAACGGAGAAAUGUGUCUCCCUGAAGAUGAUCCUGCUACCUGUGCUGAUCUUAUCGAAUAUUUCUAUCGCGGUACCCUUCCGUAUGCCGACAAAACCACAACUCGCCCCAUGUAA